GACACCGACAGGAGAAAGGCGUUUUAGCCGAUUAUAUACAAGAGCACUUUGGUGGCCGUUGGUUGUUCUUAUGGUCAGCUGGACACUCACCUGGUGAAAGUGAUUUACGCGGACAACCCGUUAGUGCUAAAGGCGGGAAACAAGAGUAUAUAAGGAGGAAUAAUGUACAAUUUUAAAUACGGAGAAUUGGAUAUCCAUUUACUUACUCUGGCCACCUUUUACCUCAUACCCCCAUGUUGCUCCAAGAGACAAGUGCUGGCGACCGCCUGACACGAGCUGCAGCUCAAGGUGAUCUGGCAGAGGUGAAGCGGCUUCUUCACCAGGAAUUAAUACAUCCGGACUGUCUCAACCAAUUUGGAAAGACUGCCCUUCAGGUAAUGAUGUUUGGCAGUACACCAGUAGCAUCAGAACUCUUGAAACAAGGUGCUGCUCCUAAUAUUCAGGAUGCAUAUGGCACAUCACCUGCUCAUGAUGCUGCCCGAUCAGGAUUCCUUGAUACCUUGCAGCUUUUAAUACAGUAUGGAGCAGAUGUAAACAUUCCAGAUACCUCGGGAUCGCUCCCGAUCCAUCUAGCACUUCGUGAAGGGCACAUUCCUGUUAUCACUUACCUUGCACCACGCUCUAAUCUCCAGCAUCGUGACAAAGAGGGAUACACGCCAUUACAGUUAGCAACCAUAUUAAAUCCUCACCUGGCUUCCAUCUUGGCUUGGAGUACGUAGGGAAAACAUAGAUAUGGUUUAUUAUUGGCCACUUGAACAACUGCUGUGAUGCUUGGUUUUAUGUUGUUUCUGUAAAUUGUUAUAUAGAUCAUAAAUAUGCUUAUUUAUUACCCAUGUGUAAAGGUACUCUUAUUUUACAGAACUGUUUUAAUACCUCUGCCCUCAUUUUCUUUGGGUAUAAACAAAUAAAACAGCAAUUGCUUAGCAUUCAGUUUAGAUGAAGAAAGCAAAAUAUAGCUUAAAGAGAUAUGAAACCCAAUUUUUUUAUUUUAUGAUUCACAUAGAGCAGUCCAUUUUAAUAGGAGUAAAUUAGAAAGUUGCUUAAAAUUGCAUGCUCUAUCUGAAACAUGAAAGAAAAAAUGUGGGCUUCAUAUCCCUUUAAUAAUUAUAACAUGAUUGUUGGGUUUGGAGUGAAAAAAAUGUUUUUUUUUUGUGCACCGAUCUGUAAAUAUUUGGUGGGUUAUGUGCAGUUUUUUAUUAUUAAUGCUCAGGUCAUGUUUAUCUGUGUACUUAAAUUUUCUUGAUUUCUAGUACAACGUAUCUUGUGUCUCCACAGCCUUUUGCAAUGCAUGUGCAGUUAGGGUUGCCACCUCGGCCAUGGUUUCCUGGACACUUAUGAGUUACACAUGCUGCAGGGUGGGUAGAAAAAUAGUGAUCCAGGACAGCAUUAUUCAUGUUCCUCCCUGCACACCCUGCAGCAUGUGUAACUCAUAAGUGUCCAGGAAAACAUGGCCGAGGUGGCAACCCGAUGUGCAGUAUGCGCUAUACAUAUUUCUGAAUGUGUUUAAAUUUGUGUGUAUAGAUAUUUAUAUUGAUGUUAUUGGGUGUGUAUAUAAGGAUACACUUUCAAUCUUACAAAUUGAAAUGUAUUUGUCAUUUAAUUGCAAUCUCUAUUUACUAUAUUUAGUAAAAUAGAUUCAAAAUAUGUUGUUUAUGUUAUGAAAGUAAUAUUGAUCCUUUAUAUAUUUUCUGUGAUAAAUAUGAAGCACUCAUAUCUGGUGUUUCUGUAUGAUUAUUCCACGCAUAAAUAUUCCCCUUGGGAUUCAGCCAGAAGGUUGGAAACAAAAAGUUUUAAUGGGUGAGCUUCAUACAAGGAAUUUUUAUAUUGCCUCCCACUUGAUGCCAUUGUGAAAUCUGCUGUCACAGCCACUAUUCAGUUGUCUGAAAUUCAAAAUUCUUGAGGUGCGUGGGUGCAAAAUGUGAUGACUACUUAUGGUACAAUAUCAGAGGAGUAUUAGAUUAGACAAUGAAAUCACCAAUGAACUGUUCAUUGCAUCCUUUGGUAGAGAAAGAGUUAAAGGUUCUUCCUCAUUUUCCUGUGCACACUCUACAAUGAAGAGUGCAUGUAUGUAACGUUUAUGUAAAUUAUUGUCGUUAAUAUACAAUGAAAUAGAAUAUCCAUUGUAUUCAUACAACUUUGACAUACUGAACAAAAGAUGAAAAAUCCCAACAUUGAUGCAAUUACGGUCAAUAAACUCUGUCCUCUGUUAUGGUUUAAGGGAAGCACCUGAUGUAUUAAAAUGAAUGAGGUCAUUAGAUAUUGAUCAAUGAAAGUAAUCUCAUGGUAGUCUGGGGUAUCACACAGGGCUGCUAUAGGAUUUCUGGAUAACCUGCAUUUCCCUAUGACGGUGUAAAUGGGUGUCUCAUGGGACAUAGUCACCUGCAAGUGAAAUAUACAAUUGUAUACUGAUAAAAUAUACCUAAAUACCCUAUUUUUUUUAACUAUUUAUUUUAAAAUUUAACUUGGAGUAGAUUACUAUUGUGCCUUUUUAUGUCAGUAACUUUUUUUUAGUAUGUGGACUUGAAUCUAAUCUCUGUUGAAAUGGUGAUGGCUGAGCAUCUUUAUAGCAUGGUACUAUGUGUGUAUAUGUAUAUACAUAUGUAUGUAUUUAUGAUAUGUAUGUAUAUGUGUGUAUGUAUAUAUA